AUGGAUUAUAGGCAGGAGGUCAUGGCUCACCCACUAUGCACCAGACGGAGGGAGCUGCUGGGAGUUAAAGAGGCGCAAGUCAAAGAUUAUCAUGCAUCACGGAGGGACAGGCUUCAUCUCAUGGCUGGUUUAAAGAUGGAGAUUGUCGAAGAAGUUUCGCCGAAAACGUUGUCAUCGACGGUUAAGGCGCGGAAGGGUCGUACGCAGAUCACGGAACUCCAGGCUGAGGGCGGGAUGGUAUCAGACUCGAAGCAGGUCCUGGAAGCAGCGUCGGGCUUCUUCCACAAGCUCUUCGGGAAAGAUCGGAGGGUGGAUUUCUCUAACUGGUCGCCGAAGCAGAGGCUCUGUGAAGCGGAAGCGGGGGGGUUGGCAGCAGACCGGUCAGAAGAUGAAGUGAAAGCGGCUUUCAAGUCACUAGAGAGGAACAAAUCACCAGGUGCGGAUGGCUUACUGAAAGAACUUUUUGAAGAACACUGGGAUGUGCUCGGUAGCAGCUUCAUGGCGCUGGUAGCAGAUUUCACCGCAACUUCUGAGCUCCCAGAUGAACUGAAGGAGGCGGUCACUAUCCUCCUGCAUAAGAAGGGAGACAGAAGUCAGCUCAACAACUAUAGGCCCAUCACGCUGUUGAAUUUCUCCUAUAAGAUCCUGGCGAAGGUGCUGGCGGACAGGAUUAAAAAAGUUCUUCACCUGGUGAUUUCCCCGGAGCAGUACGGCUUCAUUCCCGGACGAAGGCUUGCUGAUGCCGUGGCGCUGGUAGCGGACAUUAUUGACGCGGCAAAGAACGGGAACAAGGACUGGUACUUGCUUCAGGUGGAUUUCCAGAAGGCUUUUGAUUCGGUGUCGCGAAGUUUUCUCUUCAACAUUCUUUGCGAGAUGGGGUUCCCGCCCCAUUCGGAGCCAACGCUGGAAGCAGACAUGCGAGAGUUUCAUGAAAUCUCCGUUCUGCUCCUUGCCGGAGCUGACCACCUGGGAAGCUGUGGCGCGGGAACGGCUGGUUUUCAAUAA